UUUUGUUUGCGCUUCGUCUCAUUUCCGCGUUCCCAGUGCAUCUGGAUGAAUGUCACUUUCUGCAGUGUAAGAAGCAGAGUACACCGCAGCGGGAAAUGCAACACGCACACUUCUGUCCGGGGCUGCAUCUCAAUCAGGAACGGGCUCUCCCUCUCUGACAUUGUAGCUGACCCGUGUUCACAGAACCAAUCCGCAUCACAGACGGGAUAGAAGGAAUUUUCAAUCGCAAGCAAAACCAAAUCUCCACCGCACUUCUCUGUAUUGCGAAUUCAACAGACGAUACACAGGGCUCACGUCACACGACGGCUGUAAAGUAGGGGUCGCUCGGGAAGGACAGAAGAAACAACUGUUUAUUUUGUUGAAAAUCGGCAGCAGAGGAUCAUCUGUCUCCCCUUCUCUGCACAGAGGACUCUGCUGAAGGGUGAUUGUGAGCAGCAUGUGGUGACAAAGAGGAAUGAGCAGUGUGUGCCUGGGAGAGGAGAGAACAAUCUGAGAUCACAAUGUAAGUCUCAGGACAGGACACAAGCAUCACAGCUGCUUCACGGAAUUCGUCUGUUUGCUUUCUUUACGUCCACACACUGCAGUAUAUAUAAUAUUCUCACAAUCAGCCUGCUAUGCUCUUUGGGGACUGAGGUGUACACCAUGCCUGCCAAAGGGAAAUACUUUUUAAAUCACCAGGACACAGACCGAGGCUCUCUGUACAGGCAGUACUGCUGCAUUAGCAAGCACCAGCUGCUGGUCCUCUUGCUGGGCAUCGCUGUGGUCUCCUGCCUGGGACUCCUCAUCGUAUUCUUUGCCAAUAAGCUGGCCGCCGCGGAGCACGCGCUCUUCCUCAGCACGGUGUGCAGUGCGCUGGCCUUGUUCCUGUUGGUCUUCAUCCUGGUGUGCACGGAGUCCCUGUUCCAGAGGUGGAUGCGCUUCCUGGGGGUGGCAGUGUGGAUCUGCCUCCUCGCAAUGGGCUACGUGUUCAUCUUCGAUGGGAAGGUGAUCCAUACAUGGGAUCAGGUGCCGUUCUUUCUGUUCAUAAUCUUCACUCUAUACACCAUGCUGCCAUUUGGCAUGUGGGAAGCCAUGGUCCUCGCUGUCCUCUCCUCCGUGUCUCACCUCAUCAUCAUCGGCAUCGCUGUCGGAGUGUUUGACAAGUCCCAGCGGUCCAGCCUCGUGUUCCAGAUAUUGCCAAAUGUAAUCAUUUUCUUGUGUGGCAAUGUGGUGGGAGCAUUCCACAAGAAAAUGAUGGAGAGUGCCUUGGAGCAGACCUUCCUGGACACCCUGAGCUGCCUGGAGAUCCGCAUGAAGCUGGAGAUCGAGAAGAGGCAGCAGGAGACCUUGCUGCUGUCAGUACUGCCAGCCUAUAUCUCCAUGGAAAUGAAGCUGGCUAUAAUAGAGAGACUGAAGGAGAGCAAGGAUAGGGAUGCUCAGCAGAGACAGGUGAAGGACAACAACUUCCACAGCCUGUAUGUCAAGAGGCACCGGAAUGUCAGCAUCCUGUACGCAGACAUCGUGGGAUUCACACGCCUGGCCAGCGACUGCUCUCCCAAGGAGCUGGUCAUCAUGCUGAACGAACUCUUCGGGAAGUUCGACCAGAUUGCAAAGGAAAAUGAAUGUAUGAGAAUAAAAAUCUUAGGAGACUGUUACUACUGUGUGUCGGGGCUGCCUGUAUCCCUACCGAACCAUGCAAAGAACUGUGUGAAGAUGGGACUGGAUAUGUGUGAGGCUAUCAAGCGGGUGAGAGAGGCCACCGGAGUGGAUAUCAGCAUGAGGGUCGGGGUUCACUCUGGGAACGUGCUCUGUGGGGUCAUUGGGCUGCGCAAGUGGCAGUACGACGUGUGGUCACAUGAUGUCACCUUGGCCAACCACAUGGAGGCCGGAGGCUUGCCUGGGCGAGUCCACAUCACCGACGCCACGCUGAAACACCUGAACAAAGCUUAUGAAGUAGAGGAAGGCAAUGGGCACCUGAGAGACACCUACCUGAAAGAGCAGAAUGUCAAGACAUACCUGGUCUUAGACCCCCAGUCGAAGGAGCAGCCAGUGAAUAAAGGCCAUCUUCCCAAGCCCCGGGUGAAUGACGGCCUGAAGAUGCGCGCGUCCGUGCGGAUGACCCGCUACCUGGAGUCCUGGGGGGCAGCCAAGCCCUUCGCUCACCUCCAGAACCGGGAAGCCCUGACCAGCGAAGACCUGGCCUGCAACGGCAAGCUCCAUAAGGACAUACCUUUGCGUUCCAUAAACUGCCACAAGACAAAUGAUAGCCUGGAUGGAAACACACAGGAGCUCCUGCCACCUUCUGCCUCUUCGUUAGUAAACUAUAAAAACAAGUCCCAGAAGAAGAAGUUUGACGAGGACCUGCACAAUAAAAUGAUGACUACGAUCGACGGGCUGCAGUCUAACAAGCAUUGGAUGAAGAAUGAGGGGUUGUCCCGAUGUCUGUAUUUCACUGAAAAGGGAACAGAAAAGCAGUAUCAUGCCACAGAUCUUCCCAGCUUCAAAUACUACAUCGCUUGUGCCUCGUUCAUCUUCCUGUGUAUCUUUGUGAUCCAGAUGUUUGUUGCAGAGGUGACCCCUAAACUGGGCAUCUCGUUGGGAGUGUCUGCCUGCAUCCUGCUGCUCAUUCUGGCUGUGUGCUUCGCUGGCUACCUGGUGCAGCACUGCUGUCCAAAGAGGUCCAUGUCAUUUCGCUGGCUCUCCGUCCUCUCGAAAGCGGUGGGUAAGAAGCCCUACGUGCGGCUGCCACUGACCGUCAUUGCUAUCGGUAUUACACUGGUCACAGCCGUGCUGAACUUGUGUUUCAUUAAAACACCUGGUGACAAAACCAGUUUCAAUGCCACAAAUAGCAGUGACUCACUGGGAUCUUGCAAAGAAAAGGACCUGUACUGCCUGCCGUAUUUCACCUACUGCUGCAUCCUGGGGCUCAUCACCUGCUGCGUGUUUCUGCGGGUCAGCUUCGAGCUCAAGUUCCUCCUCCUGGCGCUCGCCUUCUCUGCCUAUUACACCAUCAUCCUGAACACACACUGGCAGCUGUUCCAGAGCUACAGCCAGCUGCUGUACACCAACAAAACUCUCCAUGUGUCCGGACUCAUGAAGGAUCCCGCAGUGAUGCUGUUCCAGAGCUACAGCCAGCUGCCGUCCACCAACCAAACUCUCCAUGUGUCUGGACUCAUGAAGGAUCCCGCAAUGAUGAGCUGCAUUUACCUCAUGUUGUUUUUUUUAACAAUGGUGGUUCUGAUGCGACAGAACGAGUAUUACUGCCGCCUGGAUUUCCUCUGGAAGAACAAAAACCGUGAGAAGCAGGAGGAGAUCGAGACGAUGGAGAACCUGAACCGCCUCCUGCUGGAGAACGUGCUGCCGGCCCACGUGGCCAACCUCUUCAUCGGAGACAAUAAAAAGAAUGAGGUGGGAGCCCUCAAAAACAGUUUACUUACUGAAAAGUAUAAGGAUUUGUAUUACAAGUCCUACGACUGCGUGUGUGUCCUCUUCGCCUCCGUGCCAGAUUUUAAGGAGUUUUACACAGAGUGUGACAUCAACAAAGAAGGGCUGGAGUGUCUCAGGCUGCUGAAUGAAAUCAUCGCAGACUUCGACGAGCUUUUGUCUAAACCCAAGUUCAGUGGUGUUGAGAAAAUCAAAACGAUCGGCAGCACCUACAUGGCAGCGACAGGACUCACCGGGGCCCCAAGACACGAGAACAACCAGGAUUACGAGAGGCAGCACGCACAGAUAGGGAACAUGGUGGAGUUUGCCAUCGCCUUGAUGGGGAAACUGGACGGAAUAAACAGGCAUUCAUUCAACAGCUUCAGACUGCGUGUCGGAAUUAAUUACGGUCCUGUUAUCGCUGGAGUCAUUGGAGCCCGCAAGCCUCAGUAUGAUAUCUGGGGGAACACAGUUAAUGUGUCCAGCAGGAUGGAGAGCACAGGACAGCUUGGCAAAAUCCAGGUCACAGAGGAAACGUCGAAUGUGUUACACAAACUUGGCUAUUCUUGUGAGUGCAGAGGACUGAUCAAGGUGAAAGGCAAAGGAGAGCUGAGGACUUUCUUUGUGUGCACAGACAUGAGCAAGUCACAGGGGCUGGCACUGAACUGAGACUGCAAGAGGGACCAGUACUUGGGUUGUGUGCAGACAUGAGCACGUCACAGGGGCUGCACUGAACUGGGAGAGCAAGGGAGACUCGUAGCUACCAAACUUGAAAAAAAUAAGAGACAUUUUCUGCCACUUUUUUUUUUUUUGUGGCAAAGGCUCUUUUAUAUAACAAAUAUUUUCUUAAUAAUAUUUAAUAUUACCUUAUGCUAGUGUUAUGGUGCAGUUGGAGAAGUCAUUGGAAUUUUGUGAACCGGACUCAACAAGGCACGUUUUAUAGCAAGUCGUAAAAUCCAGCGGGGGAGGGGGAGGGAGUGUUAUAUUCUUGGCAAGCGAGACAAGACGUGUUGAAUGAGGUAAUGAGGACCGACAGAUUUACAGUCAGGUCAUGGUAAGUCUGGGGGUUCGUUACACAUGGGUUUUAAAAGAAUGGCUGUCAUACUGCAUUUGAUUACACUGGGAAUUCUGAUGUCAGUUCAACGACAGGGAAGGUUUACUAUGAUGCCAUGUUUGGGAAAUGGCAGCAUGCACCAAGACCAAAUUCAUUGCAUUGCCUGAAUGACAUUAAAUUGAGGUUUUAAGCUCAAGUUGAUACUGCUUCAAAGUUUUUUAAAUGCUGAAAUAUUCUGUAGAUACCAUUGCUUGGAUGUAUUUCCAGACACUUGUUUUGCACUUACUUGAAGAACAAAAAAUACAUUUUUGGACUUUUAUUUAAAAUAAAAAAAAAAAGGUCAGUUUAUGUAUAAAAAUAAAAA